ACCGACUACCAGUAACACAGCAGUGAUUAUGAGAAGUGAUGAGCCGCUGUGUGUGUCUAUAUAUUGUAUUUAAACCCUGACCUGUGUGUAGAAGAGCAGACAGACGUUUCCCUCUCUUCAGGAUACAGUAAACUUCACAUAUGGAUGUUACAAGUCUUCAGUGUAAUAUCUGUGCACUUUCGCACCCUGUUAAAGCCAGGAUGCCACCUUACGGAGCAACAAGACGUACCAGGGAGCACGUGACCCCGGAGAUGAACAAGCUUCGUCAGAGUCUGAGGAGGAAGAAGCCCACCUACGUGCCAGAGGCCAGCAGACCGCAUCAGUGGCAGGCGGAUGAGGAGGCUGUACGCAAGGGCAAAUGUAACUUUGCUGUUCGGUACCUGGGGCUGGUGGAGGUGGAGGAGUCGAGAGGGAUGCAUGUAUGUGAGGAGGCAGUGAAGAAGCUAAAAGUUAGCGGGAAAAAGACAGUAAAGGCAGUGUUGUGGGUUUCAGCCGAUGGACUCAGGGUGGUGGACGACAAAACUAAGGACCUCAUCGUGGACCAGACCAUAGAGAAGGUUUCAUUCUGCGCCCCCGAUCGUAACUACGACAAGGCCUUCUCCUAUAUCUGCCGAGACGGGACCACCAGACGGUGGAUGUGCCACUGCUUCAUGGCGCUCAAAGACUCGGGGGAGAGACUGAGUCACGCAGUCGGCUGUGCCUUCGCCGCCUGUCUGGAGAGGAAGCAGCGCAGAGAGAAGGAGUGCGGCGUGACGGCGUCCUUCGAUGCCAGUCGUACCUCGUUCGUACGUGAGGGCUCCUUCCGUGCAAACUCCUCCUGCAGCCAGCAGGGCAGCAGCAGUGAGCGCGACGACAAACUGCAGGACAAGAAGAAAGACCAGCCAUCUGCCAUCCCAGCCCUCCCACCUGGCACCGCUUCCCCACCCGAGGGCGCGGCGUCCCCCAUGGAUCGCCCAGAACCAGGCGGGCCUCAUGCCAUCCCCCGCCGCCAUGCACCCAUCGAGCAGCUGGUGCGUCAGGGCUCGUUCCGAGGAUUCCCGGCGCUCAGUCAGAAGAAUUCUCCCUUCAAGAGGCAGCUGUCGCUCCGCCUCAAUGACCUGCCAUCCACACUGCAACGCAAGACCGACUUCCAGGCCAAGAACCCUGUACUAGAGAUGGACAUGGGGUUGCCAGGUGAGGGAGACAGUAGUAUCAACGCCCUGUGUAGCCAGAUCAACACCUCCUUCACCAAGCCGUCGGAUGAGCUCUUCUCCAACCCCUCUAUGUCUGCGAAUGGCCCCCCAGCCUGCACUGUGCCCCCUGUCCUGCCCCCACCACCUGCACCAAUGCAGGCGACCUCCUCAUGGGUGCAGCCAGAGCCUCCACUUCACUCUCCUCCUGCAGUCUCUGUUGCAAUGCAGAUGCAGAUGCAGAUGCAGAGCGGACACAAGCGCACGCCCUCUGAGGCCGAACGAUGGCUCGAGGAGGUCUCCAAGGCCGUCAAGGCUCAGCAGACCCCUCCUCCAGGUCCCACCAUCCCCACCAUCCCUGGACCGCCCACAAGACCUCCCAUGUCCCUUCCUUCCAUGUCUAUCCCCACAAUGUCCGGUCCAAGCAUGUCUGGGGCCCCCAUGCUCCAGCCCUCUCUUCCUGGACCCCCAGGCUCCCUUCCAAGCUCCAUGCAGCCCUUCCCCUUAGCUUUCGAUGCCACUCCAGCCCCUGUGGGAAUGUUCGCCAGCCAGCCUGUCCAACCGGCCUUUGUGCCAAUGCAGACCUACAUGCCAGGCCUGGCCAGCAGUAUGACCUACCCCAACGCCAGUGUGCCUGUAGUGGGCAUCACGCCGUCGCAAAUGGUGGCCAACGUCUUCUGUACCGCCACAGGUUCGUCAGGUGCAGGCGGAGCCAUGGGUUCGACUGGAGGAGGACCUAAAGUGGGGGCACUGGGAACAGUUGGUCCACACCAUUCUUACCCAGCACCUGGUGCGGUCGGGUCCACUGGAGGGUUUUCUACACCACCUUUCUCUUCCACUCCACCUUUAUCGACAGCCAUUAAUGGCCUUCCACUGCACAGCAGCGGUAUGAUGGCCCUCCAGAAUGGGACCUCCAGCAGCGGCGGGAACGGCGGCAGCGGUAGCAGCUGGCCACCAGAGGGCAGCCAGCUAACGGCUCCAGUGGCCAGCGAUUCUCAAGAGGACGACCGUUUUGAGGCCAAGUGGGCAGCGCUGGAGAGCAAACCGGCAACUCAGCAAGCGGGGAACAAGGCACCGGCUGCAGCAGCCAACCCAUUUUCCAACAAUCUGCAGAAGACUUUUGAGAUUGAACUCUAAGGCCUCCCAAAGCUGUAGUGCUAGCCUUGGAGUUAAAGCCUAAGGAAACCAGGCAUCUCUGCUUAGAAUGGGAUGCAGGUCCUUGCAGUUAGCCUAGCAUCUGACCUGUGGCAGCCUAGCAACUUGUUAAAAGCUCUCAAAGGAGUCAGUACUAUAAUGAUCUUAAUUGCUUUCUUUACACUCCCAUGAGAGCUUGGGAGGUUGGUUGGCAGAUUGCUAGGCUGCCAUUGGAGGAUCAGGUCUCUAGUUCACUGGACUUGAUGGACUGAAUCCUUCCACUCCACCUGCUACCCGCCUCUCUUCACUGCUUUCACUUCUCCACUCUGGCUUUACUUUACCUGCUCCAAGUCCCUGGAUGUACUGUACCUGAACCACCCCUUUGAGGACAUUGUGGAGGGGGGACACAGUUCAGUGGUUUCUUUCUUUAAAAGGGGACUCCACUCAGAUGCAUUCCAAUCCCUCAAGAUGUUUUUGGCAGUUUUGUUUCUGGUGGAGGUUUCGGUGGAGAAUUCGUGGACGUGGCUGCACCACACGAUUUGCAGAGAAGCGGAGGACUGAUUUGUUGACUGAUGAUUAGACUGAUGCUGAUCUUAGCUAAGCACAGCAGAAGUCUGGAUACCUGAAAGGACUAGCCAAUGAUGUAAGACCCUGACCCUACCAACCGAAAAGGACUUACUGACCAAUAGUAGAGAUUUAUGGCCAAAAUUAUUUUAUUUAUUGUAUUUUAUUUUUUAUUUUAACGAGUUAUAUAUACUUAAAGAUCAAAUUUUUAAAGCAGUGUUUCAGGAGUGUGUUGUUUUUUUAUCCCCCAUAUUUAUUUUUGUUGAACCUUAAAGAGGAGGGAAACUACAGGUAGCAGACAGGUAACAGGAAAGCACUGUGGGAAACUGAGUCAUGUAACAGGAACCAAAUAGCCAGGGCUGACAGUACAGUGCCGUGUAAUACGACAUGUGAAACAGGAAGUGUAUAUAGUGGCAUGUUUCUUCCACCCGCUAAGCCCUCACGUAUAUACGCUCCACUGCUGCUGAGGCUGGUCGAGUCAGUCUGGCUUCACUUUGGCUCUGUAGCCCAUUUCUGUUGCUAAUCGCCUUCCUUCAGGGCACCGGGACAUGAGAAAUCACUUCAGGAUAUCCAGCACACAGACACUCUGGACUAUACUGCACAGCGGUCCUUUGGACUCCAUCAUCUCCAGACAAACCCAAGGAACUUUAACAACUCAGUGGAAAAAAACAAACAACAAAAAAAAAACACUACAACACUGUGCAACUGGUUGAAAAAAUGAUGCACUACAUUCCAACAUUCAUAAAUCCUUUAAUGUGUUCAAACACAGGGUAUAAUCUCAUCACAUACAGUAUGAUUGUGUAUUUACCGCCACUGUGCUACUGUAUCGGCUGCAGUGGUACUGCACUCGUCAUGGAUGUUGGGUUUUUAUGAUGAGAAGUGAGAAGAGAAGAGGAACAUGAGCUGCGUUUCCAUUAAUGUAUUUUUAGGCUAAUUUUGAGACAUUGUAUAAGAAUUGGCAAAAUUGAAAAAACAUCCCCAGUUUCACAAAAAAUGUUUUUAUGCUCGCUUGAAGUGGUUUUUGCGUUUUCAAGAAAAGGCACCUUUUCCAAAUAAGUUCUGACGUAGCAGACAGGUAAUCAGCCAUUUCCACUUUUAAGAGGAAGAGAAAUCUGUUUUCUCUUGUAAAGGUGACUUGUUUUGUUUCCUCUUCUUCUUUGGAGGGUUUUUUAUCAGUUGGCAAACAACUUGGCUGCGGUUGAAUAGUCAAAUAUUUAAGCCCUAUCUCCUUUAGUAACCACUUUUCCUUGACCUCGAUGGAAACAUUAAUAGGUCAAGGAAAGAUGUGAAAGAGAAUUCAUUAGAACUUGUGCAUUGCUUUAAACCCUGUGGCUGCAAGGAAUUGUGGGACGGCACUAUCUCCUUUCCUUUAGUAUAUCCUGUGCUAAAGGAGAUAAGAUAGAGAGCACUGAAGCUCCUCUCCUUAGCCUUUAGAGAAUUCAACCACUUAGAUACUUCCAGGUCAUUUAAAAAAAGACUGUUCGACUGCAGCUCUUAUUUUGUUUUUUGGUUUGUGACCUCUACUUCCUCUACUCUGUUUAUUACACAUCUUAGUUUAUUCGGUCCAAACGAGUUCAUGGAAAUGCACCUAAUUCACAAUUCAGUUUUUUGCGUCAUCGCAAAAUUAGCUUCAAAUUCGUGUGACAAUUAUAUGGAAACAUGGCUACAGACUGAGGCACGAACGAACCAAGAGGAUCUAUGAUGCAGAGCUAUGAGAGAUAACCAAGAUUUGAUUGAUGUAUUACCAAAAAAGAUAAAAUAUAGAGCAGUAGAAGAAUAGAUAGCUAGAAGAAAAGAAGGAAGGAUAACUUGUACGUGAGAGACUGAAGGAGAGAAUGGAGCUAUACCUUUAAACAAUGAGAUGGAGGAAGUCUGAAGGAAGGAAAAUGAGAUGAUACGUGAUAAAGAGAGACAGAUGGUGUGAAAAUAUUAAGAGACACAUUCAUCACGCAGCCCACAAACAGAGCACUGUUUGUCGUUCUUACAUUGUUUUUGCCUCGAGGCCGAGCCGUUUCCAUUUCAGCGUUGUGUUCCUCAACUCUUCAAACCUCACAAUCACUUUUCAUUAUAUUUAAAAAAAAAAAGAAUAUGUUGCUUUUUUAUAUAAUUGCAGUCUCAUAAACAAGAUUUUUUUCUAAGUAUGUACAACUUCCUAUGUAGUUAAAACUUCAGUAAUGUCAACAAAGCUUUCUGUGUUUGAACUUGCAGUCACUAAAGUCUAUUCAAGAAGAUGCAACAUUAUAAAAAAGAAAUGUUCUUUAUUGAAGGGCUUUUCCACAGAUUAUAUAACCUGUAAUCUGGCCACAGAUCCUGUUAUGUUUCUUGGGAAUUGAAUUGUAUGGAUAUGGACCGCCACUGAUUAGGUUUCCUGCUUGUUAACGCCCCACUGUUUAAGUAGCUUAUUGGGUCUCUUCCUGUGGCAGCGAUCCCCUCUGACUGGCUGCUUUCUCAGAGAACCAGGGUUUUGUCCUUUUUGUUUUCAAAUGUAUUUCCUCCCCCUCCAAACAAAUCCAAACUGCUCUCCCUCUAAGACAAGACUGAUUCACUCAUGAGAUCAAUGCUUUUACUUCACUGAAAAAUAUAUUUUAGCCUUCGACUCUUGUUUGCACGCCCUCCAAAAAUUAUAAAUGUAGUUAAUUGUGUUUCCGCGUUCAAGCAAACUAAAUGACCUCAUAAACUUGAUUGUAAAACCAUAGUUUAGUGAUGGUAACAAAGCAAACCAGUUUAUUUUUAAUCUUUAUUUACAGAAUUUUUGUAUUUAAACCUACAUAUUUGUAUUGUAAUUACAUUGUACAAAAGAUAAAUAAAGUAAUAUAAUAUUUACACCUGCUCAUGUUUUGUAGGUGUGACUUUUUGACUCCUCAUAAAUAAACAUCUUCUCUCUGUCCUUUA